CACCAGUCAGAUCGUGGUGCAGGAGCGGGACUGGGCGGGCCUUGCCGCGGCCUUCCUGACUGGCAUCGCGCUGCUGCGCGGCUGGGACUGGUUCAGGGCGGCCUACGCCAGGCGCCAGAGCCAUCGGUCCGAGGUGGUGAUCCAGCCGCCUGUGCCCGCGGCUAUUCAACCAGAGCCGGCCCCAGCAGCGUUCGGGAAGACGGUGCCCGAGCUGGUGCCGACAACUCUUCGCUCCCUUGACAUCAAGGAGUUUCAAGUUUUGGUGCACUUUCCCGAUGAUGCCAACGGCUUCUUCUGGCAUAUGCGCAUCCCCUUGGUUCGAGCUGGUGGCGCUGGAGUGUGGGUGACUUUGACGCCGACGCUGGACUUGUACACGCAUGACCUCAGUCGGAUUAGCCACAUCGUCUUGGGUCGUAAUGCAGCGUGGCCAGCUCGUGUAAAUAGAAAUGAGAUCUUCGGCUUCGACCCCAUCACGCGGGUCGAGCUCAACCAGUACAUCCAGCUCGCGCGGGUGCAGGCUCGCGUGGUUGCCGAUGAUGACGAGGACGCGGAGGCCCCUGAGAUGGUCUGGCUCCGCGCAGGGCCUGGUGUCGACAGGCUCGGUGAGGUCGUCCCGCAGGAGGUCGUGGACGAUCAGGAGCGUUUCAGUGAGAUCGGGGACUCGGCUGUGGCGGAGGUGAACGGCACCGUGAUUUGGGCAGCCAGGGUGAAUGCUGGCGAGCGUGAGGCCUGGCUCAAGGAGCCUCAGGCGGCCGAGCGCGACGACAGGAUCAUAGGAGUUCACCUGCGUAACGGCAAGCGCUACAUCAUGUUGAAGGAGGCUCUGGCUUUGUACUCGCAGGUGAAGUAUGAUGACUGGAGCUUCCCAGGGCCACGUCUUGCAAUGGAGUAUCUUGAGUUGGUCGACCAGGCUGGCGGAUUCGAGGUCUAUGAGCGCAACUGGCAGCACGACUCAGGCGUGUACCAGGGCUCGGCGGCGCCCCACCAGCAUCGAGCAGGCUCGGAGACGCUGCGCCUUCUGAUCGAGGUGGACCGGGUGGACGCCUCGAACCUUCAGGGGGUCGAGAACUUGUGCAGGCGGCAGGUGCAGCUCGAGAUGGCUGUCGAGCGCAACCCCGCCCACCCCGACUUCACGGGGCUCGAGGAGGUCAUGGGCGGCGCGGUCACCGCCUCCGGGGCGGCCAGCGUGGUGUCGUUCCGCGAGUGGGUCGCGGGCCGCCAGAAGGAUCGUGCGACGGUGCUCAAGCAGGCGAGGUUGGAGCGCGAGGAGCGGGGCUAUCUGACCCCGGCGGACUCGUCGGGCAAGAGGGUCCCGCGCCCGAAGGCCGACCCCAAGAAGAAGCUGAAGGACAAGGGAGGAGGCAAAGGCGGCGCGGCGGGCGAGGGGGCCCCGCUCCACCGCCGGGUGCUGCUCGCCGAGCGGUCCAUCGGCGUCUACUGGGCGAUCGGCGACAUGGUGAACCUUUCCCUCUGCCUCGGGAUCAUCCUCCAUCGAAGCAUGGACUCGAGAAGGGCCCUCGCUAUGUUCGACAGCGACGAGCUCGGCAGAUUUUUCGGUAUGGGCAAGCGGCUGUACAUCGGCGGCUUCAUCAGCGAGUGGCUGCAUGCGGUCGGGCACCUCCUGAUCUUGAUGAGCGGCGAGCCCUGGGGGUCCCCGAUGGAUGGCCUCCCAGCUGAGGCCGCGCAGAUGCUUCGCCACUUUGACACGCAGAUCGAGAGGAGCACGGAUGAGCUACUCAGUCUUGCGCCGGAGCUGCCGGAGCCGUACUGGGACCCGUCUCUCCGACGAUCUGCUGCUAAGCGCCGGCACUUGUUCAAGCACCUGGCCUGUCUCAGUCAUGGGCGGCCGCCCACCGUGCAGCUCGGAUCUGCGCGGGCCAUGGUGAACCUUGACCUGUCCGACGACAUCCUGAGCCAGUGCGGGGGUUUCGGGGGCGCAGCGUCCGUGCCCGUACUCGCUGGUGAUGCUGACGUCGACGACUGCUUCUACAAUUUCUCGAAGGUCCAGCUCGCCUCCUGGUUCUGCAUGGAGGGCGGCUACACCGCGGACGACGCUCGCGAGUUUGGAAUUCAUCACAUCUGGGAUGACGAUCUCAGGCGCUACGACCUUCUGAGACCUGGCGAGCAGUUGUUUAUCUGUUUUGAAGGACUCUGCAUGGGAUGGUCGUGGUCACUCUACUUGUGCCAGAAGUUUUUCGAACGCUUGUUGCAUCGCAGCAUCCUCUCGGUCUCGGUGGCGUGCUGCGGGAUCGAGCUCCUGCCCCCGAGCUGGCUCCUGAUGGAGGUUUGGCUUGGCAACGCUGUCUGCAUGUUCUCGCUGGCGCCUGAGCUCCUCUCGGUACUGCAGGAGGCCUACACCUUUGUCGCGGAGGCGCGUGGCCGAAGGCUAGCCAUCCCCUCCAGUGUACGAUUGGAGAUGGAGCUGGUCCGUCGGCUGGUUUUCGUCAUCGAGGCGGAGGUCGGUGCUCCUAUCUGGCGGGAGGUGCACAUGGGCGACUCGUCGACCUUCGGCUACGCCCUGCUCUCUACGCCGUGCCAGGUCCAGGAGUUCCAUGAUGCAGUGAAGUAUCGCGAGCGCUGGAGGUACCGCAAGGUCCAGUGCCUGCAGCCCGUCAGGCUCGACGCCCCCGGCGUGGUCGACGAGCUGGGCGGCCUCUCCGCCCGCGGCGACUUCGGCGAAGGCGGCUUCUGCGCCUCGGCUGUGCCUGGCCGAGCAGCUGGGCUCAAGACGGGCGCCCACGCGAGCUACGGCCAGUACCUCAACCAGCGUGCCACCGAGGCGCGGCAGGGGUGGCGCCCUCUUCGCGACACCGUAGAGGCCCAGGCGCCGCCCGAGGUGGAUGUCGAGCUCGGCGACGGCAUUCCGCCUUUGUCCGAGGCGUGGUCACGGCGGGAUCGCUGGACUACGCUGCACGAGCGAGAGUGGCAGUGGCCUGAGGAGCACAUCAACGCAAAGGAGGGGCGUGUCACCCUCCAGUCUCUCCGGCACUUUGGGAGGGAUGCUCGUGCUCACGGCCAUCGCUGUCUGUGCAUAGGCGAUAACUUGGUGACGUUGAGCGGGUUCGAGAGGGGGCGGUUCAAAAGUCACGCCCUCAACACUCUUGCUCGUCGGUCAGUCCCUUAUCGUCUCGGCUGCGGUAUUGACAUGAGGUAUCGGCACAUUGUGAGUGAUCGGAACGUUGCCGACGAGGGCUCGAGGCGCUUCGAUGUCGUUCGAGCUCGCGAUCGCCCUGUCGACAGGUUCGGGAACGUGCGCAAGCCGCAGGAUGUGAUCUUCCUGGAGCUGUUCGCGGGCUCUGCGGGGCUCUCUCGGGCUGUGCGGCGACUGGGGCUACGUGGGUGCGGCGCACGGCUGCAGCAGGGGCGUAUCCGCCUGCCCUCUGCUGUGCCUGGGCCCGCGCCAUAUGGUGGGCUGCCCCUGGCGCUGCCCGUGGACAGCGGCCGCGCUGGUUCGAGGACUGGGGGGCUUCUCUUAGGGAAGCCGUUGCUACCAGCGAGCGUCGACGUCGGCGGGGUGCAGCAGUGGCUGCGAGGAGGAGACCUCAGUCCUGGUUUUCUCCGCCGUGGUACGGCGGGCCUCAAGACCUUGGAGAACUAUCGGAAGGCCACGACUGAUUUCGUCUCCUGGGCCAAGAGACGCGGCAAGCCUUUGCAGCCGCCUCAGGUCCUUGCGAAGACUAUGGAGCGUUACUGCGAGAAGCUGGCUCUGUCUGGUUACAGUCCCGCUGCUGGCCGUCUAGUGGUAUAUGGCUGGGCCAGGUCGGACAAUCGCAAAGUGAUGCUGAACCACCUUGACCCCGUGAUCGAGGCUCUGAAAGGCUGGCCCAAGUUGGUCCGCGAGUUCGUCGUCAAGCCAAGCCCUGAGGAUAUCAUUUUCCUGGUGCUCUUGUGGCUUGCCGAGAACGACGGCGUAGAGGCGGCGGCGGCAGGCAUCCUCCAGUAUGACUUGUACGCUCGACCGUCCGAGAUCCUCGACCUUCACUACGACGAUGUCAUUACGCCCACCUCGGCAGCAGCGGCACCUUAUCGUGAAUGGGCCGUCGUUUUUGGCCCUUCAGACAGAGGCAGACGCACUAAGACUGGCAACGUUGACGAGCACGUUAUUUGUGGUUCACAUGGGCGCGAGUGGGUUGUGGAGCUGUUGUCGCUGCUCCACCGUGCGACGCCUAAGGGGGCUUUGCUCUUCCCACAUCUCACCUUGCCCAUGUACGAACAGGAGAUACAGCGGGCUGUGAAAGCGCUCGGCCUCUCGUCCCUCAGCAUCGCUCCACAUGUUCUUCGGCACUCAG